GGCAUUGCUGCACAUUGGAUACGUUCCUUUUGCCCUUUCGUAAAUACUGAGUGAAAAACGACAGAAACCGUAAAUCAUCUUAAACCUGAGCCCAUCAAAGCUGUCGGGACUGGAGCCAUGAAGUCAUCUGUCGAGAAAACAGUCAGAAUCGGGGAGGAUGCGGGGAACAGACCGGCGGGGCGCAAGACGAUCGCUGGAAACUCCGCACAAAAAAAUUCAGACAUCUUAUUUUUUCUUUUUUAUAGAGAGAGAGAAUGAGGAACCUCUGUUAGAAACGAGCCCCUGUCCUCCGCGCCACCCCCAACCCCCCCAAUCUGUCCUUCUCAUAAAUCCAUUGGUUGCGCUCGCGCCUUCAUAUCCAGCGGUCUGCUGCGCUCACACUCACUGCAGUUGCAUUUGGGGGAAGUUGGCAGCCGGCGGCUCACAGGAAAGGCUUCCCUCUCCUCCCGGCGUUUGGACUCUGGAAUUAUGAGCAGAGCUGACCCAGCCUCUGUCGCCCAGUCUUGAAUCUGUUUUGUGACACACCGACCGAGAGAAACUGAGACCACCAUGGAGAUCGGAGUCCGCGUCCUGAUGGCUUUCCUGCUCCACCAGAUUGUUUAUGUCGAUGGAAUGGAGGAAGGCGGCCGGGAGGCCUGUGUUCCUGGUUUCCAGGUCAAAAACUACCAGGUGGCCUACAAUGGACCUUUUCUGAAAGACCAGCCUCUAAUACAAGUGGAGUUUGAUGACUGUGCAGGGAACAAGAACGCGACGUUUGACGUGUCAGAUCCCAGCUUCUAUGUGGACGCGGAUCUAAAUUUGGCUCCUGUGCGUGAUGUUGUGGACAGUCAGCCAGUCCUGUUCAUUCAUGGGGUCAGUGCUCAUGCAGACGACAUCGCACAGGUGGAAAUCACAGGACUCCCGCUUCAGGUGAACACGCUCAGAGAUAUCAUGCGCCUGGAACAGAGGCUGCCGUACAGAUCCAAGAGAUCCCUGUUUGCUCCCCCCAUGACUGUAACAGAGAACCAGAGAGGCCCUUUUCCCAGGGUUCUUGGCAGGCCAUUUGUAAUUUUACCAGGAACGCCUCGGAGCCAUUUUUUCCGCCUGACCGGCCCUGGUUCUGAUCGGGAUCCUAAAGGGAUCUUCAGCAUUGACAUAGAGACGGGAGAAGUGUCAGUCAGCCGACCACUGGACCGAGAGGCCAUCGAUGCCUACAUGCUGGAAGUUUCCACCACGGACCUCGCUGGAAACAUUGCAGAGGGACCUGUCAUGCUGGUGAUCACAGUCAUCGACCAAAAUGACAACCGGCCCAUCUUCAAAGAAGCACAGUACACAGGAGAGGUGCUCGAGGGCUCACCGACAGGAACCACAGUAAUGACAAUGACAGCGUUUGAUGCAGAUGACCCCGGAACAGACAACGCGGCGCUGCGGUACAGCAUCAUCAGACAGUCGCCAAACAAACCCUUUCCAAACAUGUUUCACAUUGACGCUGAGAGAGGGGACAUCGUCACUGUGAUCUCCCCGGCGCUACUGGACAGAGAGACUCUGCCCACCACAACAUAUGAGUUAGAGAUCGUGGCCAAGGACAUGGCAGGAAGUGAGGUGGGCUUAACCGGGACAGCUACGGCCACCAUCACCAUCACCGAUAAGAACGACCAUGCCCCUGAGUUCACACAUCCACUGUUUGAGGCUCAUGUGCCUGAAGGCUCAACGGGGGUUGUGAUCAACUUGUCCAUCGACGAUAGAGACGAUCCAGCCACCGGAGCUUGGAGAGCCAUUUACUCUAUAAUCAGUGGAGAUCCCACACACAGCUUUGAAUUCCAGACCAACCCCGACAGUAAUGAGGGAAUGCUGUCAGUGGUCAAGCCUCUGAACUAUGAGGCUACAGCGUUUCAUACACUACUCGUCAAAGUGGAAAAUGAAGAUCCGCUGGUUCCUGGUGUCAGCUACGGCCCCAGCUCUACGGUCGCCGUCCAUGUCAUUGUGGAAGACGUUAAUGAGGGCCCGGUGUUUUUCCCAGACCCGCUCCAUGUCACCCGGAACGAAAACAUCCCUGUGGGCAGCUUUGUGGCAACGCUGAACGCUACAGAUCCAGACACUCGCACAAUACAGAGUAUAAGAUACGCGAUUCUGCGAGACCCAGCAGGAUGGCUCGGCGUGAACCCCGUCAGAGGAACUGUCAACACCUCGGCCGCAUUGGACCGCGAGUCUCCUUAUGUCCACGACAAUAAAUACACGGCUCUCUUCGUAGCCGUAGAUAACGGUAUCCCCCCAGCCUCAGGUACGGGCACAUUGAUCAUUCACCUGGAGGACUUCAAUGACAACGCUCCCUAUGUGGUGCCAUCAGUAGCACAAGUGUGUGAGGAUGCCCAUGACAUGAAUGUGGCCAUAGUUGGAGGAUGGGACAAGGAUCUCCCACCUAAUGCUGCCCCCUUUAAGAUUGAACUGGGAAAACAGCCUGGCUUGGACAAAACAUGGAAGGUCUCCAGAGUUAAUGCCACACAUUCGCAAAUCAUGCUCCUGCAGAGUCUGAAGAAAGCUAACUACCAGCUCCCACUGCUCAUCACCGACUCAGGGAUGCCCCCUUUGUCCAACAACACAGAGGUCAAAGUUCAGGUGUGCAUAUGUAAGAAGAACAAGAAGAUCUGUAGCUCCGCCCACUCCCAUUUCUCCAGCCUUCUAGUGAUGCUCGCAACACUCCUGCUUGUCCUACUCUGCCUGUAGAUUUUUGCUGAAUCCUCCCGUAGAUCUUUUUCCAACACUGAAAAGCAACGACUUACCUGCCCCACACGACCCAGGCUUGGGAGGGAAGAAAAGAAGAAGUCUCCUCACCUCGAUAACUCAAACUAGCAAAUACACGCAGUAUCCACCGGCACAACAGCUGAGUAGCAAUCCCUCUAUAUGUAUGUGUGUGCAUUUUUUUUUAAACAACUUUUCACACUUCGGCCUCUCUCAACAACUCCCUCAAUCUUUGCUUUCCUGGAUUAAUUUUUUCUCAUCUUAUUUUUUCACUCGUUUAUUUUUUCUCCCCAUCUCCACUUUCCCUCUCAACUUUUCUUGAUCCUCCAUGCAUCGAUAAUUCCAUUUAUUUUCCUCCAGUUAGCGUGACACUGUAUUUAUUUGUUGCACUGGCAGGCAUGUACUGAAUGUUAGCAGUGUUCAUGGCAGCGAGCCACAUCGGCAAGAGAUACUUGAAACAACAAGUGUACUCAUACUGCAACGAAACUGAUGUAAACAAAAAUUCCCUCUUUUCACCGCCAUCCUCCCUUACCUCACACUUCCCAUUGUCGGUGUACAACCCCUCCCCCUCAUGCCCAUCAUCUGACCUCUUGUUGGUUUCGCCGGGCCAGGGAACGCCUCGACCGCUGAGCUGCUGUCCUGCUCUGGGAAGAGCAUUGACUUUCUGACUUUGGUGUUUCUUUGGUUUGUUUUUUUUUUACAUCAAAGACUGUAUUUGAUUUUGUUUCUCUCCGUAAGCAGAGAAAAUAAAGUCCUUUUUUUCGUCUGCAGUGGUUGUGGUCUUUUUAAGACAAGGUGGUAGCCAUAAGCCCUUAAGUCAGAAACUCACUGGAGUUUAUUUCUGCGGUUUGCUUCUAUUUUUCCUUUUGAUUUUGUUUUUGAUUUUGCAUUAGUCGUCAUGGAGUGAAAACAGUAUAUCUUUAUAGUAAUGGUGUAAACCUUAAAAAAAAAAGUACUAUUAUAAAAAUAUUUUAUUUUUUACCAUUGUAUAAAUAUACAGUAUUGAUUAACUUAUGUACUCGGAUUGCAAGUUCUUUGUUUAGCCAUGCAGUGAGUAAGUUUAAAAAGAAGACGCAUUUGAAAACCUUUUUCUGUGAAUUUUAGGCAAUAUUUCUAAUGCUAUUGAUGUGUUCACUAUUUGACUGUAACAUUUUUAUAUUUUUGUUCUGUUUUUACCUUUAAACCUGUGAUUAAUUGCACAAUAGGGAGUCUUGUUUUUGUCAACUGCUUUUGUGUCAAAGUUUGAUUUGGAUCUCUUGUCCGAUCUGCCUCUCCUAUCCUCUGUCCAUCUCCACUAGAAGUGAAAUGAAGUUGUGUAAGAAGAAAAGGCUGUGGUUUUGUUGGAUAGUUGAGUGUUUUUCCCUUUUUUUCCUGCGCUCAUCUAAAGAACUUAGCCUGAGUGAGUUCAUUUGGAGGAGCACCUCAAAGAAAAGAUGACAUUUUGAAUGAGUUAUGUCUGUCUUUUGCACUAAUUUAAUAAAGCUGUUACUGAAAAUUCCCACAAAA